AUGUCCACCAGCGAAAUUACCCGCCAAGUCGCUCAAGAAUGGUUUGGAUACGUCCAGAACCACCAUUAUGAGAAACUAGAUGCGCUCGCUACGCCCACCGCCAACUGGUGGGUUGGCGGGUCGAAGGACAAGAUCCCGGUGGCAGGAGAUAUGCCUUACCCUCAGCGUCGGCAGAGCACACAACAGCUAAACGAAGGCGCCGACAAAAGUUCCACGGAGCUCGUCGGGCUGACGGUCGACGGGAGCGUCGCUGUGCUCGAAGUUCACCGAACCCUUGACGGACCGGGCGAGAAGCAUUACGAUACAUAUGCGAUUGUGAAACUGAUACUUAACGAGGAGGGCAAGAUCCAGGAGGUUAGGGAGUAUUUGGAUUUCUUUGCGCUUUUCAAAUAUCUUGGUGUUCCAGGAUUCUAG